AUGUUUUGCAGAAAGAAUUCAACAAGAAGUCAGAGAGGAUCGGUGCCAGUGCACCUUAAUGUGUAUGAUCUUACCUCCAUUAAUGGGUAUGCUUACUGGGUUGGCCUUGGUGUCUAUCAUUCUGGUGUUCAAGUUCAUGGGGUGGAGUAUGCUUUUGGAGCUCAUGAGUACCCAACGACGGGGAUUUUCGAAGCAGAACCGAAGACAUUGUGA